CUUUUUUUUUUUCUUCUCUUUGUUUUUUACCAUUCUUUCUACUUGAAAGAUACCAAAAAAUAGACACAAUGCAUUCAAAAGUUUACUGGAGUCUUUUUGUUGUUGCUUUAGCCUCUGUCUUGUCAGCUCGUGUAGAAGCUGCUUGUCAAUGUGACCCAAGAGAUUCUGCCUGUCUUCAAAAUUGCGUCAAUAAUGGUCAAAGAUGUAUUGCUGAUUGCGCCGGCAACAACAAUUGUUAUCGUGCCUGUAUCCAAGAACAUUGGCCUGGUCAAGAACCUACGGCUGCUUCCACGACAGAACCUGCUGCUUCGACACUCAUUAGUAUCCCAGCCGUGACCACUACCACAAGAACCACGGUAACGCCGACUUCUUCUGCAGCUGUCGGAAGUAGUACUUUAGCUUCUUCUUCUUCUCCCUCGCCCAUCGCUACGAAUGUAGCACCUUCGUCGGUUGCUGUUGUUUCAACUGCUGCACCCUCUUCUGCCGUUCCCACUACUGCUGCACAGUCUUCUGCUUCUGUCAUGUCUUCUGUUCAAUCGUCUGUCGCUUCGGCUCAAUCCUCUGUUGCUUCCAUGUCUUCCUCAGCCAUGUCAUCACUUUCAAUGGCUUCUGCUAGCGUGCAAUCAAGUAUCGCCGCUGCUUCUAGUAGUGCUGUGGCCACCCCUACUCCUCCUCCCGCUGAUCAAACAAGCGGUGCCACUGCUUCUUUCCAACCAAUGACCUAUAUGACGGCUGGUAUCUUGAUCGCCAUCACUUUUGUUCGUCAAGCCUUAUCCAUGUCAUAAUGUGACUAUAGCAGAAAGCGUGAGGCCAUGCAUUCACAGCUAUCGAUUCCUUCUUUUGCUAAUCUAUUUAUUACAUACAAAAUCUUUUACUCUUUUAAUGUUGUUUAUUUUUUUUUUAUUUGAAAGGAAAAAUGCUUAUUGUCAGACUAUCGAAAAUUAAAAAAAAAAAAAAAAAAA